CAGUGGGGAAGGUUUGGGGGGGUGCUCCAAGGAGCGGAUCUGGCCUCUCUGCCCACCUGUGGAAGGAACAAGCUGGAGCCAAUGGAUGCGCUCCCGACUUUGCCCUCUCCAGGGGCCUCGCGCGGGUCCCCGCACUCCAAGGCAGCGUCUGCAGUGAAUGUCCGUUAGGCUGGUCUUUUUUCCCUCCCCACACACCAGUGCCUGGAGCUUUUUGUUGUUGUUGUUUGGGGGUUGCUUGCUUGCUUGCUUGCGCCUUGGCUCUGGGCUAAGCUGAUUUAUGCAGCAGCAACCCAACUGGCUGGAGGGAAACAAAAGCGCUUUUCUUUGUCCCAGAACGGGCUGCGGAGCGCUCGCUCCCCUGCUCGCAGUGUCCCCCCCCCCGGGUCCCCCUGGCCUUCCGAGGAGGCGCCUCUCGCCCUGAUCUCUUCUCGCCGAGCUCCGAGGGAGGCCCGAGCGGGCCCUGAGAUGCUCCGCGAACCUGCAGCGCAAGCUUGGAGCUGCUGGAACCUGCGGGAAACUUCCUAGCGGCGCUCGGUCUGCGGGGCACCGACGUGCGCCCCGGCGCCAGGGCGAGCGCGCACCCAUCCAGCCGGAGAGCCAAGGGCCGGCGCGCGCGGUGCAAGCUGCCCAGCAGUAUGUGCCUCUCGGCCCCGGCUUUUUGGACUGCCGCGUUGGUCUGUCUGCAAAGCUGCUGCCGAGGUCCUGCCCCCUUCCUCCGGGCGGCCUGGGUAUUUUCGGUUGUUCUUGGACUGGGCCAAAGUGAAGACAAUAGAUGCGCAUCUUCAAAUACAGCGUCCUGUACCAAGUGCCUCGCUCUGGGUCCAGAAUGUGGAUGGUGUGCUCAAAAGGAUUUUAUUUCAAGUGGCUCAAAGAGUGAACGCUGUGAUACUGUUUCCAAUUUAAUACGCAAAGGCUGCUUGAUUGAGUCAAUUGAAUAUCCAUCCGUGCGUGUAAUACCAAACGAAAAUGAAGUUAAUACCCAAGUGACUCCCGGAGAAGUCUUCCUCCAGCUACGUCCAGGAGCUGAAGCUAACUUCAUGCUGAAAAUUCAUCUUCUGAAGAAAUAUCCUGUGGAUCUUUAUUAUCUGGUUGAUGUUUCAGCAUCAAUGCACAAUAAUAUUGAAAAAUUAAAUUCAGUUGGAAAUGAUUUAUCUAAAAAAAUGGCACAUUUUUCCCAUGACUUUCGCCUUGGAUUUGGGUCCUACGUCGAUAAAACUGUCUCACCAUAUAUUAGCAUACACCCAGAAAGAAUCCAUAACCAAUGCAGUGACUACAACUUAGACUGUAUGCCUCCCCAUGGGUACAUCCAUGUGCUUUCUUUAACAGAGAACAUCACAGAAUUUGAAAAAGCGGUUCACAGACAAAAGAUUUCUGGAAAUAUAGAUACUCCUGAGGGCGGUUUUGAUGCCAUGCUGCAGGCAGCUGUUUGUGAGAGUCAUAUUGGAUGGCGGAAAGAAGCUAAGCGGCUACUGUUGGUGAUGACUGACCAAACAUCUCAUCUUGCCCUUGAUAGCAAAUUGGCAGGCAUAGUGGUGCCGAAUGAUGGCAACUGUCACCUGAAAAACAAUGUCUAUGUGAGGUCAACAAGCAUGGAACAUCCCUCAUUAGGUCAACUUUCAGAAAAAUUAAUAGACAACAACAUUAAUGUUAUUUUUGCAGUCCAAGGAAAACAAUUUCAAUGGUAUAAGGACCUUCUGCCUCUCCUGCCUGGCACCAUUGCUGGAGAAAUUGAAUCAAAGGCUACAAACCUCAAUAAUUUGGUCAUAGAAGCCUAUAAGAAACUCAUUUCAGAAGUCAAAGUUCAGGUGGAAAACCAAGUAAGAGGUGUCUAUUUUAACAUUACUGCAAUCUGUCCAGAUGGAGCCAGAAAAGCAGGGACAGAGGGAUGCCAGAAUGUAACAAGCAAUGACGAGGUUCUUUUCAAUGUAACAGUUACCAUGAAAAAAUGUGAUGUUGCAGAAGGAAAAAGCUAUGCAAUCAUCAAACCUAUUGGUUUCAAUGAAACCACUAAAAUCCAUAUCCACAGAAACUGCAGCUGUCGGUGUGAUGACAGCAGAGAAACUAAAAGAAAGUGUGUAGAUGAAGCUUUUUUAGACCCCAGGUGUUUUCAGUGUGAUGAAAAUAAAUGUCACAUUUAUGAAGAUCAAUUCCCUUCUGAAAGUUGUAAGUCACACAAGGAUCAACCUGUGUGUAGUGAUCGAGGAAUCUGUGUUUGUGGGAAAUGUUUAUGUCAUAAAGUUAAACUUGGAAAAGUGUAUGGAAAAUACUGUGAGAAAGAUGACUUCUCUUGUCCCUAUCACCAUGGAAAUCUAUGUGCCGGGCAUGGAGAGUGUGAAGCAGGCCGCUGCCGGUGCUUCAGUGGCUGGGAAGGGGACCGGUGCCAAUGCCCAUCAGCAUCAGCCCAGCACUGUGUCAACCCAAGGGGUCAAGUGUGUAGUGGGAGAGGGACAUGUGUGUGUGGCCGGUGUGAGUGCACCGACCCCAGGAGCAUAGGACGCUUUUGUGAGCAUUGCCCCAAGUGCCACCCAACCUGCAGUGAGAACUGGAAUUGCAUGCAAUGCCUUCACCCUCACAAUCUGUCUCAGGCUCUCCUUGAUCAGUGUAAAAUGUCAUGUGCUCUUGUGGAACAGCAUUAUGUGGGCCAAACAUCAGAAUGCUUCUCAAGCCCAAGCUACCUGAGAAUAUUUUUUAUCAUCUUCAUUGUUACAUUUCUGAUUGGGUUGCUUAAAGUCCUUAUCAUUAGGCAAGUGAUACUGCAGUGGAACAGUAAUAAAAUUAAGUCAUCAGCAGAUUACAGAGUAUCCACCUCAAAAAAGGACAAGAUGAUCCUGCAAAGUGUUUGCACAAGAGCAGUGACCUACCGACGAGAGAAACCUGAGGAAAUAAAAAUGGACAUCAGCAAAUUAAAUGCUCAUGAAAGUUUCAGGUGCAACUUCUGAAAAGAUUUUUAAAAAAGACUUAUGGAAAACUGGAUUUUCAAUAAUUGCUCCUAAAAAGUCAUCGAUUAAGAAGUCACAGGAAGAAAUGAAUUCUUCUUCUAGCUCAUGUUGGUUGCUGGUUGGAAAUCCCAAACUGACAAGCAUCCUAAUCACAACCUGACUCACAUUUGCUGCUGAACUUUUUCCAGAAAAAAAUAUGUGUCUUACUACUGUUUGAGACUAGUGGCAUUGUAGCACUUUACUGUAAGAUAUAACUUAUUUAGAUCAGCAUAGAAUGUAGAUCAUCUGAAAAGCACUGAUUACACUUUACAGGUACCUGCCAUUUCUAUAGUUCCCGGAGAGACGAUAGCUACUGUGGGAGAGAUUUGGCAUUGUGUCACUACAAGGGUACUGUAAGUCCUGCACCGAAUGUUCGGAGACGUGCUAAUGUUGCCAAGUCCGAGGAUUGGCACAGAAUAGAUAAGAGUAGCUAGAUGAAUAAAAUGGUUAGUGCUUCACUUCUUCCAAUGGUGAAGAAACAAGACUUAGUUUUGAAAAACUCUGCUUUCGAAACUGCAUGGUUUCAUGCAUUUUUUUUCUUUUUACAAGAUGGAUACUAAUUCCAACAUUUUCUCCUCUUUGCCUUCAUAUGUUGUUUUUCUCUCUUACAGGAUAAGUUUAUAUAUGUCACACAUGACUGGAUUAAAUAAGUGCUAAGUUACUACUGCCAUUAAAAUAGCCUAAUAAUACAAUGUCACUUUAUUAGAAUACUUGUUGUAAAAGCUGAAUGUUUAAUAAGGGAUACUGUAAAGUAACAUGAGAAUCUGAACAGCUUUGUUGUCUGUAGAUGUCUGUUUUGUAUAUUUUAACCUGGCAACUUGGAUGAAUGUUUCACCAUUUCAUUUAAUGAACAGAUUGAAAUUCACAAGCUAUUUUGAAACACUUCCUCAUCAAAGUGCCACACUUUGGAAUGAGUUUUCUAAGAUAUUUAUUCCAAGUAAAUAUCAUAAUUUUCUAAUUAUAAGCUCUAUUAUUUUUGUCUUUCAACGAAGCUUGACAUUCUUUCCUAAAAUCA